AUGAUUUUGCAUUUCCGGGGGAGUGACCUGUGUGUAAACAAUACAGGUCUCUCUCCUGCCAGCAAUAAACAUGCUGCUGUGCUCUGUACAGCAGAGAAAUACACAGCAGCAUGUUUCCCUAGUAAAACACACACAGCACAUACAGUAAAAUGGCACACAGUUAACCCUUUCAUCGUCCCAUAUGUGAACCCCUUCCUGCCCAGUGUCAUUAGUACAGUGUCAGUGCUUUUUAUUAGCACUGAUCACUGUAUUAGUGUCAUUGGGAUUUCAGUGGCAGUUAGUCAGUUCCCAUCCAGUGUCAGAAUGCCCGCCGCAGUCCCGCUAUAA